CUGAUACAGAUGGGUGAUAUUCCUUUUCCACAACGCUACAAACUUAUAAUGGUUUAAAACAUUUCAGAAAAUAAGGGAUUGUAAAAAAAAUAAGCAGAUAAGAUAAAGAAAAAAGUUGCCCAUAACCAUACUGACAAAACAUGUGAGAAUACAGUUUUGCUUAUUUGUAAGGUAUGGGCGUUUUAUCUUGCUCCAUAUCCCUUAAAAUUAAGUCAGGAAAACUAUGAAUAGCAUAAAGGACUGCCUCUAGGAGCAACAAUGGCUUCCAUUUCCAUUUCAGCCUCACUGCAAACAGCUUGCAGCAGUUCACAUCAUAUUAACACCAAGAAACAACAGCCUAGAGGAAGACUAAGCCGCUCUGUGGCAACAAAGCAGGUCACAAAUGUCGAAGGCCAAAAAGACAUCUUGAAGUCUCCAUUACAGUUUGAUACUUCGAAUGAUGGAGAUAAUGUCUUGAAGCAGAGGUUGGAAACAGAAUAUCCUGCUCCAAAGUUCAGCGAUGAAUGCUGGAAGAAAGGCACAUGGGAUUUAAAUAUGUUCGUUAAGAAUGGAAAGAUGGAUUGGAAUUCAUUGAUUGUUGCAGAAGCAAGGAGGAGGAAGUUUCUUGAACUGUACCCAGAAACAGCUACCAAUCAAGAACCAGUGCUGUUCAGGAGCUCUGUCAUACCAUGGUGGGCAUGGCUCACCAGAUCAUAUCUACCGGAAGCUGAGCUGCUCAAUGGUCGAGCUGCAAUGGUGGGAUUCUUCAUGGCGUAUGUUGUGGACGCAUUGACAAGGCUGGAUGUGGUUGGCCAAACUGGCAAUUUCAUAUGCAAAGCAGGUGUAUUUGUGACUGUCAUCUGCAUAGUACUUUUCAGACAGAGAGAAGACUUUGAAAACCUGAGAAAGCUUGCUGAUGAGGCCACUGAUUAUGACAAGCAGUGGCAAGCUUCCUGGCAGACUCAAGACGAAAUAAGCACCGCUGAUUCUGAGGAAACUGGAAACAAAAUGUAGUGAUUUUUCCUGUUUCUCACGAACCCAAUGUAACUUUUGGCAAUAUAAGAUUGUAUUAUUGUUGUAGAUACAGCUGCAAAAGCCUGAACCUGGUAUUAAACCCAGAAUUUGUUGGGUCCAUUUCUGGUUUGCUUUAAGCAUAGAUGAAAGCUAAUCAAAGCAUAUCAAAUUGGUAUCUCCGAUUGAAUUUGAACCAGUGAAUCCAAUCACAUCAAGCACGAUACCGAGAUAAAUUCAUCCAUCUGCUUCGGCAGCCUAUACGAUGUGAGUUUUUCAUCAGUUUGGGGCAAUGCACUAACCCCAAUCUCGUGGAUUUGCAGGGGCAUAUCGAGGGCGAAUACAUGAGAUUUGCAUAAAUUUAGAGUUAGGCCAUGAGGUUUUACUUACAA